ACCGGAAGCGGAAGUUCUCGGCCCGCGCUAAGUGAAAGCGGGCUACAUUGUUCAUUGACAUUCAUGUUUGGCGCGGUUGAUGCAGUGAGCGCUGUGGCUGCGGGUUUCGGACCGGCUGUAGUCAAUAGUGUCCCAACCGUUCCCAGCCCUGCGCGGUCGGGGUUCCCCGCCUCCACUGAAGAACGGGACCAUGGAAGACAAACCGUUGGUAUUUUCGAAACAGAAGACAGAAGUAGUUUGCGGUGUGCCCACCCAGGUGAUCUGCACGGCCUUCAGCAGCCACAUUUUGGUUGUGGUGACCCAGUUCGGGAAGAUGGGUACACUAGUCUCCUUGGAGCCCAGCAGCGUGGCCAAUGACAUCAGCAAGCCAGUGCUCACCACAAAAGUCCUCCUCGGGCAGGACGAGCCUCUCAUCCAUGUCUUUGCGAAGAACCUGGUAUCGUUUGUGUCUCAAGAAGCAGGAAACAGAGCUGUCCUCCUGGCCAUGGCUGUGAAGGACAAGAGCAUGGAGGGGCUGAAGGCCUUGAAGGAGGUGAUCCGGACAUGCCAGGUGUGGUGACCUGCAGUCAGCAGGGCAUGACAGUGGGAUCUGGCGGACGCUCAGCAGGAUCUGUGAGACCCUUCUUUCGAGUGCCAGGACAGUCAAGUGGAGACUCAUUCUCUGGCUUUAGCCCUUGAAGCUGGAAAUAACAUGCAGAUCUCAGGGGACUCUCACUGUGUGACUGCUGUGUUCCACCUGGGGCACUGGAAACGGUUCUGGGCUGCAGCAGAGGCACCUGCUGAGUGGAAACCAUCAGCCAGUUUUGGGGACUGGCAGCCCUAGGUGUGCAGCAGCACUUGUGGGGAUACUUUUUUUUUUUUUUAUUAAAAAAAUAAAAUACUUGGCUAGUCUUGUCAA